AUGCUUACAGUCCGUCACUUGGCCGCAGACACAGAUCGAUGGAUGAGGAAAACCACCAGCUUAAGCCGUCUUUGCAAUGCACGCUUCGGGCGUAUUGUGCUGCAGCCGGGUCGGGCAGCUAGCACUAUGUCUGGCUUGUGGGGGAGCUGUUCAUCUUCCGUUCGCCUGUCGGGGCGUGGUUCCACCCUUACCACCCGGAAUGGAGGCCUUUCCAUUCUUCCCAAGAGAUUCUAUGCUGCCGAGGCGAAGACCCAGGUAGUGCCACCCAUGGGGGACGCGAUCACUGAGGGAGAGCUCAAGAACUGGGCCAAGGGAAUGCAGCUCAUGAACACGUACACCAACACCGAAACGUCGCGGAUGCGCGCCGCCAGGGUCCAUGAAUUCGGCGGUGUCGAUGCCAUUGUCAUCGAGGACAUUGCCCGCCCACGGCCGGGUGGUGACGAAGUGCUCAUCCGCGUCGGUGCAGCCGGCGUCGGCCCUUGGGACGGCUGGAUCCGCGCCGGCCAAAGCGCGCUGCCGCAACCUUUGCCGCUGACCCUCGGCUCGGACCUUGCCGGCAUCAUCGAGGCCGUCGGCCCUGGGGUAAGCAAAUUUGCGGUCGGCGAUGCCGUCUUCGGCGCCACCAAUCCACGCUUCAUCGGCGCCUAUGCGGACUAUGCCGUCGCCUCGGCCGGCAUGAUUGCCAAGAAGCCGGUCUGGCUCGACGAUGUGGAGGCUGCCUCGCUUCCGGUGAUAGCCGUGACAGCAUGGCAGGCGCUGUUCGAUCAGGCAAAGCUCCGGCGUGGCCAGUCCGUGCUCAUCCAUGGCGCUGCCGGCAAUGUCGGCGCCUAUGCCGUACAAUUUGCCCACCGCGCCGGCCUGGAAGUCACCGCCACCGCGAGCGCCCGUGAUAUCGAGCGUGUCCGGGAACUCGGUGCGGACCGCGUGAUCGACCGCAGCCAAUCGUUUGAAGAGCUGUUGCACGAGGUCGAUGCCGUCAUCGAUCUUGUUGGCGGCUACACGCAGGCACGGUCCUUCCAAGUGCUGCGCGCCGGCGGUAAGCUGAUCUCGGCCGUCUCGCAGCCGGAUCGGGAGGAGGCCGAACGCCGCGGCGUGGAAGCCGCUUUCUUCCUUGUCAACGUGACGACCGCCGCCUUGACGGAGAUUGCGGCGAUGCUCGACGCCCGUGAGCUCGUGACCAACGUCGGCGCCGUUCUACCCUUUGCGGAUGCCAGGCUGGCGCAUGAGAUGCUGGAAGGUUCGCGCCCGCAUCCCGCCGGCAAGAUCGUCUUGAAGAUCGGCGCCUGA